AAGGAGUGUUUUUCCCUGUACGACAAGAAACAAAAAGGCAAGAUAAAAGCCUCGGACCUGAUGGCCGUGAUGCGGUGCCUGGGAGCCAGCCCGACACCGGGAGAGGUGCAGAGACACCUGCACUUGCACAGGAUCGAUAAAAACGCAGAGCUGGACUUCUCCACGUUCCUGAACAUCAUGUACAGGCAGAUGAAGCAGGAGGAGCCCGAGAAGGAAAUCCUGACGGCCCUGGCCAUGAUCGACCGGCAGAAGAGAGGCCUCAUCGCCGCUUCGGAGCUGAGGGCCAAGCUGACCCGGCUCGGAGAGAAGCUGUCAGAGGACGAAGUUGAUGACCUGCUAAAGGAAGCCAAAGUUGGGCCAAGCGGGACAAUAAAAUACGAAGAAUUUGUCCGCAUCAUUUGUCGUCCUAAAGCCGACUACUGA